AUGGAAGGGCGUGCAUGCAGAUUCAGUAACUGCCGCUCAGCGCGUGACGUUCUGCGAAUUGGUCAGAUUGUCCAGACAUUGCAUUCGCAUGUAGCAGCUUGUGUCGCUGAGCCUCUGUGUGAAAAAGUGAACCCGUCAAACAAAAUAAAAGCAUUCAAAGUUGGUAUUAUCUUGGAUGAUGAGAAAAGCGUUUAA